ACUGACACGUUCCUCUUAGCGGGACGUCAACAAUUUCUUCCGGGUUUAAACACUCACUUGCAGAGGUAGAAGAUGAAUCUAAUGAAGGCAUAAUUUUGUACAUAACCGCAUUUCCCCGUUGAAAUUGUACGUGUAUUUCUGCAUUCAGAAGAUUUGUUAUACAUUAUUUCUGUGACGCUGCUGUCGGUUGAGCUUGUAGCUCCGUGUUAGCUGAACAUGUCUGCGGAGGAAGCGGACAAAACAACCACCACUGAUGCCAGCGCUGGAGAUGAGGAGGAGGAAUGGCUAUAUGGAGAUGAGUCUGAGAGCAAAGAUGAGGACGAAGAAGCCAAACUGAAUGCUGCAGUCAGUGCACCUGCUGAUGCUUCAACAGAGGAUGAUGCUGCUGCUGUACAUGCUACAGGAAAUGGAGUGGCCUCCGAGGCGACAGGUGAAGGUGCAGGUGAAGGUGCAGGCGAGGACGUUGACAGUGACAGCGACAGUGAUGAUGAUGACGAUGAUGUCCGCGUCACCAUUGGAGACAUUAAAACUGGAGCUCCACAGUACACAACUUAUGGCGCUCCACCUGUCAAUCUCAACAUAAAGACAACAGGCUCCAGACCUUAUGGACAAGCCUCCAAGAUAAAGGGAGUGGAUCUGGAUGCUCCUGGAAACAUUAACGGGGUUCCAGUGCUGGAGGCGGACAUGGAGUCCUUUGAGGAGAAACCCUGGAGGAAGCCAGGAGCGGACCUGUCAGACUACUUUAACUACGGCUUCAAUGAAGACUCAUGGAAGGCUUACUGUGAAAAACAAAAGAGACUGCGGAUGGGCCUGGAGGUCUCUACUGUCGGCUCGGUGACCAGCAAGAUCACUGUUCAGCAAGGCAGGACAGGUAAUGAAAAGGACAUAUCGACUUUGCCUGUUCACACCUCCAAGCCAGACUUCACAUCUCCUAUCAGCUUGUACAAGCCUUCUGUCAGUCAGGUCCCCAGGAUCUCUCCCCCUCAAUGGCCUGGCCCGCCUCUUCAGGACAUGUCCUAUUAUACGAAGACAAGUGGUACUAUAGACGUGAUAGGUGGAGGGACGGCCACCAUCAGCAGGGUUGAAGGGCGACGCAGACACAAUCUAGAAGGCAACAAUAUCCAGGUAAUCGCUGAACAAUCAGACGCCGAGCCAACUCAAGCAAAGAUUCCCACCUUCUUCCCUCCUGGACCGCUUCCUCCAAACAUACCCCCACCUCCUUUCCUCCCUCCGCCACCCAAUGUCAACACGGCACCCCCACUCAUCCCCCCACCCAGGUUGCCCAUUACUGUCCCUCCCCCUGGUUUUCCUCCUCCACCUAGCGGGCCCCCUCCUUCUAUCAUGCCCACUAUGGACAGUGGCCACCCUGGAGGUUAUGAUGGACGCUCUGUACCUCCCUACCCUUUCCCUCAAGGUGCAUACCCUCCACUCAUGGCUGGAGGGGUGCCUCCGCCUUGGCCCCCCAUGAUGGACAACUCUAAACCCUGGGACUACUAUUCCCGUCGAGACGACAAAAGAGAAAAGGAAAGAGAGAGGCCCAGAGAGAGAGAGAGGACACAUGAGCGAGAAAGAGAGAGGGAGCACAGCCCUUCAGCUAUGGGCUACACCAGUGAAGAGGAGCGGUAUCGUUACCGCGAGUACCAGGAGCGUGGUUAUGCCGAGCGACACCGUGAGCGUUCGAGCCGAGAGAAAGAGGAAAGACACAGAGAGAGACGGCACCGAGAGAAAGAGGAGGGUCGCCACAAGUCCUCUCGCAGCAGUAGCAGGAGAAGGCACGACAGCGAGGAGGGCGACAGCCACCGGAGGCACAAACACAAGAAGAGCAAAAGGAGCAAGGAGGGCAAAGAGACCAACGAAGAGAUCAGCGCAGACCAGGAGAACCAGGAGGCCAUGGAGUAGUGAUCACCACCUCCUGUUUUUCCUUUCUCUGUCUGUCUCCGGUCCUGUCUGUCCCUCCGUGUCCCACCAAGAUGAGAAAGAAGGAAAGGGAAAAGAUGAGCACAGACCAACAAACCAGGAAGUCGCAGAGUGAUCAAUGCCUCCUGUCACUCCCCUCUCCAUCAAUCUUAAUUCCCCUGCAUCCUGCUGUCGUUCAUCCUCACCAUCACUUCAGGCAAAGAGUGGAUGGAGCAGAGGAGGUGGUAAAGGAGAGAUUGUCGUCCUUUUUACUUUAUCUGUCUUUCCACCACUAGCUGACAUCAGACAGGAAAACAGUCUAUCUUCGCUCCCCUCCCGCUCUCUUCUGCUCCCCAUAACUCCUUUCAGAGCACUGCUGUAACAAUAAGCUCGGAGAUUUCACUGUAUAGUCAGGACGAUCCGCAGAUUUAGCUCUUUUUUGUCAUUUGUUUGUUCUUGUCCCUUAUGAAGACAUCUAUAGACAUUUGUUGGUUUGUUAAGUUCAAUUAAAAACACUUUUGAUAAGA